GUUGUUCCCAUCUCCCACAGUCAUGGCGGUGUCGGGGAGUCGCGGAGAUGGAGUAAACAACACGACUACUACAUCUUGAUUUUUUAAAAUCCCCCCCACCUCUUCCUCUGAGCUUCAUGGUGGAUCUUACCUGCUGUCAUUUGAGAUUUCACAAACAUCCCGCAGGCUGCUGUGCUUCCAACGAUGGCCGACCGCGGCGUUGAUCUGUCGGCUCUGCCUAAAGAGGUCAGGGACCAGCUGGCGGAGUUGGAUCUGGAGCUCUCCGAAGGUGACAUCACACAGAAGGGCUAUGAGAAGAAAAGGGCAAAACUUCUGGCUCCCUACAUAAUCCACACUCCACCACCACCUCCUCAAAAUGUACAGCCUCCUGCUCCUAGUUCCUCGAGCCAUGCACCUCCACCCUCCAGCUCAUCCCGGUAUCGUGAGCGACGCACUCGCAGAACGCAUCGCAGUGGAGGAACCCGGGAUGACCGCUACAGAUCAGAUAUCCAUACUGAGGCAGUACAAGCUGCCUUGGCUAAACAUAAGGAGGAGAAGAUGGCGCUCCCCAUGCCUACCAAACGCAGGUCCACAUACGUGCAGUCACCCAUUGAAACACGCACACCACCAGACUCCUCGUCUGGAUCCGAAGAUGAGACAGCCGUGCGCAGGCAGUCGUCAGUGGUUGCUCCCCAGCCUCAGGUCAACCCCAACCUGCAGAGCCCGGAGUCUUGGGUCAACCACAUCGUCCAGGGCUCUUCCACCUCCUCCUCGGCCUCCUCCACCCUCUCACAGGAGGCCAAACCACAGCCUCAGAGCCAACCUCAGCCUCAGUACAAACCGCAGUACCAGCCUCUUUAUAAGCCUCACCACCAACCACAGUACCAACCUCAGCACCAGCCCCACGAGCAGCCUCGCACUGCCGCGGUGACGGACAUGCUGGCUCACAGUCGCAUUGCCCACUCAGAGAAUAGUGCACCUCCUCCAGAUGUGACAGCUGUGGCCCCUCCGGCCAGAGGCCCACGCGUGGACCUGCCCUCCAACGCUGUCGUCCGAGGGAUGAGCCGGGGACAGAGCCGCUCGAGCAUGAUGGAGACAGCGGAUGGAAGAGGUAAUAUACAGAGAGUUCCUGUAAGCAGCAGGGUCUCCACUAAGAUUCAGCAGCUGCUGAACACCCUGAAGAGGCCUAAGAGGCCCCCGCUCAGUGACUUCUUCACCGAUGAUGCCGAGGAGAUCGUAGAAGUGCCCCAACCGGACCCCAACACACCCAAGCCAGAGGGCCGUCAGAUCAUCCCAGUGAAAGGGGAGCCUUUGGGAGUGGUCAGUAACUGGCCUCCAGCCCUGCAGGCAGCGCUGGCUCGCUGGGGAGCCACUCAGGGGAAGAGCCCCGCCCUUACUGCUCUCGACAUCACAGGCAAACCACUCUAUACACUGACUUAUGGGAAGCUGUGGAGUCGCAGUGUGAAGCUGGCGUACACCCUCCUGAACAAACUGGGCACUAAAAACGAGCAAAUCCUCAAACCAGGAGACCGAGUGGCGCUGGUGUACCCCAACAGUGACCCCGGGAUGUUCUGGGUGGCAUUUUAUGGAUGCCUCCUUGCUGAAGUUAUACCUGUACCUAUUGAGGUACCGCUGUCUCGCAAGGAUGCAGGUAUCAGCCAGGUGGGUUUUCUGCUCGGUAGCUGUGGCGUUGGUCUGGCUCUGACUAGUGAGAUCUGCCUGAAAGGCCUACCCAAGACCCCCACGGGCGAAAUACUACAAUUUAAAGGCUGGCCUCGAAUGAAGUGGGUGAUAACAGAUUCAAAGUACUUGACGAAACCAUCCAAAGACUGGCAGCCGCACAUUCCCACUGCUAACACUGACCCUGCAUACAUAGAGUAUAAAGCAAAUAAGGAGGGCACAGUGGUGGGCGUGGCUGUGUCUAAAGUGGCCAUGUUAACCCACUGCCAAUCACUGACUCAGGCCUGCAACUACUGUGAGGGGGAAACUUUGGUGAAUGUCUUGGACUUCAAAAAGGACAUGGGCUUAUGGCAUGGAGUUCUCACAGCUGUAAUGAACAGGAUACACACGAUCAGCGUUCCCUAUGCAGUGAUGAAAGCCUGUCCUCUCUCCUGGGUGCAGAGGGUCCACAUCCAUAAAGCUCGUGUAGCUCUGGUGAAGUGCCGAGAUCUGCACUGGGCCAUGAUGGCUCAUCGGGAGCAGAGAGACAUCAGCCUGGCUUCAUUACGAAUGCUCAUUGUUGCUGAUGGUGCUAAUCCCUGGUCAGUGUCUUCCUGCGAUGCCUUCCUGAACAAGUUCCAGUCUCAUGGGCUGAAGCCUGAGGUGAUUUGCCCCUGUGCCACAUCUCCAGAGGCCAUGACGGUAGCUAUACGAAGAUCCGGAGUGCCUGGUGCGCCUCUUCCUGCCCGUGCCAUCCUUUCCAUGGGUGGCUUGAGCCACGGUGUCAUCAGGGUGAACACGGAAGACAAGAACUCCGCUCUGACUGUACAAGAUGUGGGGCACGUCAUGCCUGGAGCUCUGAUGUGUAUCGUUAAGCCAGAUGGACCGCCUCAGUUGUGUAAAACAGAUGAAAUUGGAGAGAUAAUUAUCAACUCCCGUGCAGGAGGCAACAUGUACUAUGGCCUGCCUGGACUCACCAAAAACACCUUUGAGGUGAUACCGGUUAACGCUAACGGAGUUCCCAUUGGAGAGAUUCCAUUUGUGCGAUCUGGACUCCUGGGGUUUGUUGGCCCAGGCAGUCUCAUCUUCGUGGUGGGGAAGAUCGAAGGCCUGCUGAUGGUGAGCGGGCGGAGACACAACGCCGACGACUUGGUGGCCACAGCUCUUGCAGUUGAGCCGGUCAAGACUGUGUACCGUGGCAGGAUCGCUGUGUUUUCAGUCACGGUGUUCUAUGAUGAGAGGGUUGUAAUUGUGGCAGAGCAGAGGCCCGAUGCCAGCGAGGAGGACAGCUUCCAGUGGAUGAGCCGGGUGCUUCAGGCUAUUGAUAGCAUCCACCAAGUGGGGCUCUACUGCUUGGCUCUGGUCCCGGCGAACACCUUACCAAAAACGCCGCUGGGUGGCAUCCACAUUUCUGACACAAAGCAGUUUUUCUUAGAGGGCAAUCUCCACCCCUGCAAUAUCCUAAUGUGUCCCCAUACCUGUGUCACCAACCUGCCCAAGCCCCGCCAGAAGCAGCCAGUUGGUGUCGGUCCUGCAUCUGUCAUGGUGGGAAACCUGGUGGCAGGAAAGAGGAUUGCCCAGGCUGCAGGGAGAGACCUCGGUCUGAUUGAAGAUCAGGAUCUGGUCCGAAAGCUCUGUAUGUGGCCCACCGUAAUGCAUCAGUAUUUGACAGAGGCGCUACAGUGGAGGGCACAGACAGACCCAGACCACGUUCUCUACAUUCUUCUUAACGCCAAGGGUGUGACAGUGGGGACAGCGACCUGUGUCCAGCUUCAUAAGCGAGCUGAGAAGAUAGCUGCAGCGCUCACUGAGAAAGGCAGCAUCAACACAGGAGAGAAUGUAGUGCUGCUCUAUCCUCCUGGGAUCGAUUUGAUUGCUGCUUUUUACGGCUGUCUCUAUGCUGGAUGUGUUCCUGUAAACGUCAGGCCUCCGCACCCUCAGAACCUGGCAGCCACGCUGCCUACUGUCCGCAUGAUCAUUGACGUCAGUAAAGCUGCGUGCAUCCUUACGACACAAAACCUCAUGAGGACUCUGCGCUCCAAAGAGGCAGCUGCCUCUGUUAAUGUUAAAACCUGGCCAACAAUCAUUGACACAGAUGACCUUCCUCGCCGCCGGCCUCCACAGAUCUAUAAGCCGCCCACAGCAGAGAUGAUAGCUUAUCUGGAUUUCAGCGUGUCCACAACAGGCAUGCUCACUGGAGUCAAGAUCUCUCAUGCAGCAGUCAGCGCACUUUGCCGCUCUAUAAAGCUUCAGUGUGAGCUGUACUCCUCUCGCCAAAUAGCCAUCUGUCUGGAUCCUUAUUGUGGUCUGGGCUUCGUCUUGUGGUGCCUCGCCAGUGUCUACUCAGGUCACCAGUCAAUCCUGAUUCCUCCGUUCGAGCUGGAGACCAGCUUGUCUCUGUGGCUAAGCACGCUCAGUCAGUACCGUAUCAGAGACACCUUCUGCUCCUACUCUGUCAUGGAGCUCUGCACUAAGGGAUUGGGUACUCAGACAGAUUUACUCAAGGCCCGUGGUGUGAACCUGUCGUGUGUGCGGAGCUGUGUGGUGAUAGCAGAGGAACGCCCUCGUCUUGCCCUCACACACUCCUUCUCCAAACUGUUUAAGGAUGUCGGGCUGUCGUCCAGAGCUGUCAGCACUGCUUUUGGUUCCAGAGUUAACCUGGCCAUCUGCCUGCAGGGCACCACUGGUCCUGAUCCCUGUACGGUGUAUGUGGACAUGAAGUCCCUGCGCCAUGACAGAGUGAGGCUGGUGGAGAGAGGAGCACCUCAGAGUCUUCCUCUAAUGGAGUCUGGCAAGAUACUGCCAGGUGUUCGGGUGAUCAUAGUGAAUCCAGAGACCCGAGGCCCACUUGGCGAUUCUCAUCUAGGAGAGAUCUGGGUAAACAGCCCUCACAGUGCCAGUGGCUACUACACCAUAUACGGAGAGGAAAGUCUUCAGGCUGAUCACUUCAACACCAAGCUCAGCUUCGGAGACCCGCACACUUUAUGGGCCAGAACUGGAUACCUGGGUUUUGUGAAGAGGACCGAGCUACUGGAUGCAAGCGGGGAUCGGCAUGAUGCUCUGUUUGUGGUGGGCUCACUGGAUGAGACAUUGGAGCUACGAGGCUUGCGCUACCAUCCUAUUGACAUUGAAACGUCAGUGUCACGGGCUCACCGAAGUAUUGCUGAGAGUGCUGUGUUUACGUGGACCAACCUGCUGGUGGUGGUGUCGGAGCUGUGUGGUUCAGAGCAGGAUGCGUUGGACCUGGUGCCUCUGAUAACCAACGUGGUGCUGGAGGAGCACCACCUCAUUGUGGGUGUGGUGGUCAUCGUUGACCCCGGUGUCAUUCCGAUCAACUCCAGGGGAGAAAAGCAACGCAUGCACCUUCGUGACUCUUUCCUCGCUGACCAGCUGGAUCCUAUCUAUGUUGCUUACAACAUGUGAGCACUUGUGGUGGUGUUCUGGGAUUUAAAAAAAAUAAUAAUAAUUUUUUAGCCAUUAUCCCGCCAUCUGGCUACUGGCUUGGUUGAGGUGUAAGGCAAAAGCAUGAACCACAUAUACUGACACCUAGCCCUGUGUGACACCAGCAUAUCUUGGCCACAUGCAUGUCUGUGAUUGGAUCUGUGAUGCUUGGAGUUGUUCACUGUGUUUUUGUUUUUUUUGUUUUUUUUCAAUAUAUAGAAUUUUGGGGAAGAGGUAACAUGUGCAUGUCGCACAUUGGAAGCAAAAAAAGAAAAAGUCCCUGCUGCUCCUAUUCUUUUCUUUUUUUUGUUCUGCAGAAGGGACGGAACAACACAUACAACAGGCCGUUACCACAAAAACCUUCCCUUUUGUGUCUACGCACCGCAACUGCACUUCAAUCUGCAACUUGAAAUAUUUUUACAUUUCAGACGCACACAAACGCAUCUGCUGAGCCCUCGUCAUUUAUCACUAAUACAGAUGAAUAAGAGGGCAAACUGUGAAAAUAACAGCAAGUCUGUGGACAUUACUUAAAAUGCUUUUUUUUCCCUUAAUAAUGAAGCCAAAUAGAUUUUCCUGCCCUAAUAUAUUUCUUGCCUUAUAAAACUUUCAAACAGCCAUACAUUCCUAACUUAAUUUUUAAGACUUUACCCUGAACGGCUGUUGAUUCUCCUUUGGGUCUGAAUAGUAGUUGAAAUCCUGGUAGAUAUCCAAAGGGAUCAAAGCAAAAGAUGAAAGAGGCCGUAUUCUGUACUGUACUUACAAGGGCCUCCUUUUAUUUUAGAUACUGUACGUAACUGUAUAGAUAUUUUUAAUUGUAAAAAUGUAUAGAUGCUUACUCAGCUCUCUCGGUUGAUGGUUUGUAGAUAAAGAACCCAACAGGGAGAUUACAACAGUAGCAGAAAGAAGAUUGUAAAUACAGUUUAACAGUUUCGAAGUGGUACACUAGCUAUGUAAUGGAGGAUAAAGGUAAAUAACUUUAAAGCAUUAUUAGUCAGGAUGAAUUUAACAUUGCACUUUCACAAAAAAAAUCUCUAUUUUAUUAUAACAAUGAGGCAUUAUAAAUGGUUCAGGAGCAUGUGUGUGAUGAAUCUUGGCUGAGGACUUUUGAGGUGUCAGUGGGAGGACUAUUGCUGGUAAUGCCAGGAAACUUUCUAUCAGCCGCUGCGGGGGGGGGGGAGUGUCUACGGAGAAGGCUAAAAACAAUAUUAUGACUGUUUUCAGGCUACCAGGUUAUUUUGUAAGAAAAAGCAGGCCCCACAAGUGUUCAUAUAUAAUCCAUUACCAUCAUACUUGCAAAAGAGCCAUGCCCCUCUAAGUUUACUUUACACAAUAGAGCAAGUAUGUAAAAGUUCAGCCCGUUUCUCCCCUCACCGCUAGAAGGUUCAUUCAAACUGUGUUUUGUCUUUGUGCAACUUUGUAAAUAGUUAACUCUGAAUGGCAAAAGCAAUGCUGUUAGUACCAUCAUUAUGUAUCUGGAUUAUUUUCUGUGUUCAGUCACUGGAUUUUUAGAAGCACUUGUGAAUCCAUCUGCAGAGCUUAGCCAGAUUUAAAACAUCUUUGGUUGAUAAUGAAAGGUAAUGCAGAAAAAUGGGUAAAAAAAAAAAAUAAAAAGCAGCUAGAUAUAUUUGCAAACUGUAGUUGGAUUCCUGCGAACUCGUGCUUCUCCUUGUGCUCCUCAGAGAAGUAAAAGUUUGUUUGUUUUGGAUCAUACUGUUUCAGUGAUGAACCUUGAAUAUCAACAUGUAUAUAGUAAUUGUUUUUUUGGGGGGUUUUUGUUCUGUUUGGACUUUUGCUGUAGUUUUAUUAUAACAUUCAGUCAUGCCAAACAUUUUAGAAACAACUUUAACAUAACUGGGAAUGAUAAUCAUUUAAUGACUGCACUUUGCACUGGUGGUACUUAACAGCAGGUUUCUAAUGUGUGAACUUUAUCCCCGUUCAAUGUUACAUUAAGUAUGUAAUGUAAUUUUACAGCUUGAUACUUGUUUUUGCCUAGUUUCAAAUCCCCCCCCCCACACACACACACA